AUGGAGGAAGGGGAGCAGCAGCGCGCAGGGAGCGGCUGGGCCGAGUGGGGGCCCGGCCCGGGGGGAUCCCCGCCGUGGGUCCCCCCACCGCCGCCCGACGGGGACGAGGAGCCCAAGCGGGGCCGGGGCGCGGACUGGGGGGGUCCGGAGCCCCCCGGCGACUCGGGGCCUCCCCGACCGGCGGCCGCCCCCCCUAAAGCGGCGGGGGACGAGAAGGCCGCGAGCGCUCCUCGCCCACCCCGGGCCGGGGGCGAGCCGCGGGGUAAAGGCGCGGGGGGACCCGGUAAAGGGCCCGGGGGGCGACCCCCGGGAGAGGAGCGGAGCCCCCGCAAACCCCCCGAGGAACGCGGGGCCCGCGGCGGGGAGCGGCCCGGCGCGGAGGACAAGGCCCGGCGGCCUCUCGGGGGUCCCCGCGGCGGGGCCGGCCCGGAGCAGCGCGGGGAAUGGGGGUCGUCGUGGCCUCAAGGAGAAGCGGAGCCCCCCGAGGACUUUUUGCCCCCUCCCGAAUGCCCGGUGUUCGAGCCCAGCUGGGCCGAGUUCAGCGACCCCUUGGGUUACAUCGCCAAGAUCCGCCCGAUCGCCGAGAAAAGCGGCAUCUGCAAGAUCCGACCCCCGGCCGUGGUGAUGGAGGAGGGUGGCUACGAGGCCAUCUGCAAGGAUCGCCGCUGGGCGCGGGUUGCCCAGCGCCUGUCGUACCCGUCGGGGAAGAACAUCGGCUCCCUGCUGCGGGCUCACUACGAGCGCAUCAUUUACCCCUACGAGAUGUACCAGUCCGGGGCCAACCUCGUGCAGUGCCACACGAGGCCCUUUGAGAGCGAGGAGAAGGAUCGCGAGUACAAACCCCACAGCAUCCCCCUGCGGCAGUCGGUGCAGCCCUCCAAGUUCAACAGCUACGGCCGGCGGGCCAAGCGCCUGCAGCAGGAGCCCGAGCCCACCGAGGAGGACAUUGAGAAGAACCCCGAGCUGAAGAAGCUGCAGAUCUAUGGGGCUGGGCCCAAAAUGUUGGGACUGGGGCUGGUGGCCAAGGAUAAAACUCUGAGGAAAAAAGACAAGGAGGGUCCCGAGUGCCCCCCCACGGUGGUGGUGAAGGAGGAGCCUCCGGGGGAGCCCCGGGGGGGGUCCCCGAUGUCGCCGGGGGGGGCUCGGGACGAGCUGCGCCACAGCCCCGAGCCCUGCACCAAAAUGAGCAUGAGGCUGCGCCGGAGCCACAGCAGCAGCCAGUUCGUGAUGUGUGACGGCUGCGAUGACAAUUACCACAUCUUCUGCCUGCUGCCCCCCCUGCCCGAGAUCCCCAAGGGCAUCUGGCGCUGCCCCAAAUGCGUCAUGGCGGUGAGGGGCACAUGGGGACACCCCCGGGCCCCUGAAGCCCCCUGCCCGCAGAUGGUGCCCACGGAGCUGGUGGAGAAGGAGUUCUGGCGCCUGGUGAACAGCAUCGAGGAGGACGUGACCGUGGAGUACGGGGCCGACAUCCACUCCAAGGAGUUCGGCUCCGGCUUCCCCGUGCGCGACGGCAAACGGCGCCUGUCCCCCGAGGAGGAGGUGCGACAUUUGUCACUUUGUCACCUCCCUGGGGGGGGCGAACCCAAGACGUGGUACGGGGUCCCUUCAUUCGCGGCCGAGCACCUGGAGGAGGUGAUGAAAAAAUUGACGCCGGAGCUUUUCGAGAGCCAACCCGACCUCCUGCACCAGCUCGUCACCCUCAUGAACCCCAACACCCUGAUGGCCCACGGGGUCCCCGUGGUCAGGACCAACCAAUGCGCGGGCGAGUUCGUCAUCACCUUCCCCCGCGCCUACCACAGCGGCUUCAACCAGGGCUACAACUUCGCCGAGGCCGUCAACUUCUGCACGGCCGACUGGCUCCCCGCGGGCCGGCAGUGCAUCGAGCAUUACCGCCGCCUGCGCCGUUACUGCGUGUUCUCUCACGAGGAGCUCAUCUGUAAGAUGGCAGCGAGCCCCGAGAAGCUGGACCUGAACCUGGCGGCCGCCGUGCACAAGGAAAUGUUCGUGCUCGUGCAGGAGGAGCGCAAACUGCGCAAGGCCCUGCUGGAAAAG